CGCUCCUUCGAGUUUAACGGUCGCGAGAGGCUGCUCGCCUGACCCGGACAGCAGCAGUGAAAGCGGCGGCCAGGCUGGAGAAGCAUCAUUGAAUUUCAAGGAUCCCUGUUACCUCAGCAGGAAGAUGGGUGAUCUCCCCUGAGAGCUGGUGCUUCCCUGGACUUGCUCUGAAGCUUGGGAUUUCAUGUUCUGAAUGUUAGUGACUGAAAAUGCCUGUAGACGAUGAAGCAUCUGAAGAUGACUCGGAUUCCAUUACACCAAAUGCUGAAAGAACUUAUGCUUUCAAAUAAAAGAGUCUAACUCUUUCUGCAGACUAUGGAAGAUUCUGACUUGGUGAAAACCCUGCAAAAGACUUCUCCAUCUUCUGUAGACUUUGAUGUCCCAAAUCCUCCCCAUCUCCUUGGAUUGGCCCUAAAUACAAAUCGAAGUAGUCCCCACCUUAGUACAAAUGGGGUAUCCUCUUUCUCAGGGAAGACCAGACCAUCCGUAAUUGAAGGUCCAGUUGAAGUCCUAUCCUCUUUAAUGCAACAGCUACAAAACAGUGGAAAGACUGAUUCGGCACUUUGGAAAAACUGUGAGACCAGGUGGUUACAGCUGUUCAGUUUGGUGGAAAAGCAAUGCCAAGAACAGAUAGUGGCCCAGCAGGAACACUUCCACAGCCAGAUUCAACACAUACAGGAGGAGAUAAAAAACUUAGUGAAGUUACAGACCAGUGACGCUUCCUGGGCUUCCUAUCAUAGUCCACCAAGUAAUCCAGUCUCAUCAGAAAGUCAAAUGGGUUUUUUUUCUGAAACCAGUGAGAGAAAUGAACCUGUUCUCAGUUUUCCCAAGUCAAAAGAAACUGAAAUGCAGCAAGAUUCGCCCCCGUCACAACCAGACUGCAACAUGGACAGCAGUUCAGUGAGCAGCGGCUAUGGCACCUUCUGUGUCUCUGAGCUGAACAUCUACAAAUUGAAAGACCCUAAAGAGUUCAUGGAGCCCGGGGAGGUUCCUGCUGGACAGUACGAAGCCCCUGUGGUGCAGACAGAGCCACUCGAGGAGGGCGGGCAAAACCAGAGUUUAUAUAUGCAGACUGCCGGAGAGCUCAAGGCCUCGUUAAAGGAGGUGCUUCCUGUGUUUCCUGGUGAAUUUGAACCUAAUUUUCUUGGUGAGAAUAAGAUAUCUGAAGUAUAUAGCAGAAAAACUAAUAGUAAAUUUGUGACAUCAUGGGCACAAAAGCUGAAGCAAAACCAGCCAAAGAAAGCACACAUCGGAGAGGAAUGUCCAAGACCUGUGCAAGGAAGUGAGCAAGCCAGGAAGCCAUUCUCCGAGAAAUCUGAUUUCAUGACUGCUACACAGCCUCAUGCGUUUUACCUCAACAAGCCAGAUGAAAGUCCCAAUUCUUGGAUAUCUGAAUCAGGAACAGGUAUAUCUAACACUAGUAAUGAGAUGAAGCUACCAUCACUGAAGGAUAUUUAUGAUAAAAAACAAAGGGAAAGCCAGCAUUUACCUGAGAGGAAUCUCACCUCUGCUUCCACUUCAAGCCAUCCACCUGAGGUACUGACUCUGGACCCAACGCUACACAUGAAGCCAAAUCAGCAGAUGUCAGGGAUUCCGCCACGUGGAUUUGUGAACAUGCUGGAUGACCGAGUUUCCUUCUCACCAGACUCUGUCCUAGAGCCAAGUGUUUCUAGCCACUCUGACAUAGACUCGUUUUCACAAGCAAGCAAUAUCGCAUCUCAGUUAUCGGGGUUCCCAAAGUACCCUUCAGACAUGAAAACUUCCCCAAUGGACUCUUGGAAAAGUCAUGCAUUCCAAAAUGAAAGUAGGACCAGUUCCACAUUCCCUUCAGUGUAUACCAUUACUAGCAAUGACAUCUCAGUCAACACCGUAGAUGAGGAGAGCCCUGUCAUGGUAGCAUCAGCCUCAGUCAGUCAGUCCCAGCUUCCAGGUACAGCCAACAGUGUCCCAGAAUGCAUUUCAUUGACUUCCUUGGAAGAUCCUGUGAUAUUGUCUAAGAUGAGGCAGAACCUGAAAGAAAAGCACUCGCGACACAUAGCAGACCUUCGAGCUUAUUAUGAAUCAGAAAUAAGUAGCUUGAAACAGAAACUGGAAGUAAAGGAGAAUUCCGCAGUUGAAGAGUGGAAGAGAGCCAAUCAGAUCCUUGUAGACAGAUGUGGCCAAUUAGACAGUGCCCUGAGUGAAGCUGCGAGCCGCGUGAGAACACUGGAAAGCAAGAACAGCCUGCUGGAAAUAGAAGCGCUUUUAGGAGAGUAUGAAUCCCUUGGGAAAGAGCACAAGAGAGUGAAGGAUACAUUAAAUACAACCGAGAACAAAUUGCUGGAUGCACACACUCAGAUUUCUGAUUUGAAAAGAACCGUUUCAAAGUUGGAAGUCCAGAUCAAGCAAGUAGAGCAUGAGAACAUGUUAAGCCUUCGUCACACAAGACCCUCACGUGCCAACACGCUGUCAGUUUCCGAUGUCAGCAGGCGCAAGUGGCUGCUGCCGGGAGCCGAGUACUCCAUCUUCACUGGCCAGCCUCUGGACACUCAGGAGAGGAGCCAGGCGGGCAGCCGGUGGGAGGAGGCCUGCAUUUCUGGGUACUACUCUCCUCUGGAAAAAGAUUCUCCACCUGGGGAUUCACCAGCCAGUGUACUGAUGAUAAAACAGAGGGAGGCUUCAGACUCACCCAUCGUGAAAGCUCUAAAAGAACUGGAUGGGGAAAAAAUGUUCAAAACCUGGGGCACCCAGACUGAGAAAGAGGAUGCUGCAAAUAAAUUGGUGAACUGCCGACCAGCGGAAACAGCAGUUGGUGCCUGUCGAUCCCUGGAGAAAUGUGCCCAGCAAAGACCAAAGCGAUUAAAUUCUGCCUCUCAGAGAUCAUCUUCUUUACCACCUUCAAACCGGAAACCAAAGACCCCAACAAAACGAGAGAUUAUGUUAACACCAGUGACUGUGGCGUACAGUCCAAAGCGAUCCCCUAAUGAAAACUUAUCCCCAGGAUUUAGUCAUCUACUUAACAGAAAUGAAAGCAGCCCAGUUCGAUUUGAUAUACUUUUGGAUGGUCUAGAUACUGUUCCUGUGUCUACAUUACGACAUGCCAAUCCAAGGAAACAGCUCCAGUUUCUGCCUGUAGAUGAUACAGAAGAAAAAGCAUCUGGCAACCAUCUUCAUCAGCGCUCCAGCCCAGAACCGCUGGCAGCCGGAGUGAAGAGUUUCCCUGUGCCAUCCGCUUGGGAGAAGACUAAGCCUGGCAGCCCUGAGCAGUGUACACCUGCCUCAGGAGCACCACAUGCAAAUGAUUUUGAAUAUACAUCAAAAAUUAGGACCCUGGCUGAAACAGAGCGAUUUUUUGACGAGCUCACAAAAGAAAAGGACCAGAUUGAGGCUGCACUAAGCAGAAUGCCGGCUACUGGAGGGCGGAUCACUUUGCAGACAAGAUUAAACCAGGAAGCCUUGGAAGAUCGCUUGGAAAGGAUUAACCAAGAACUGGGUUCUGUCCGCAUGACACUCAAGAAAUUCCAUGUUUUACGUACCUCUGCAAAUCUUUGAGAUUUGUAGCCAUUAAACUUUGAGAUGUUUUUGUUUGCACUAAUGUAUGAUUAUGCACUCAGAAAAGGCAAACUAUUUUGUACUGUUUAUAAGCCUUCAAACCGUAGUUUUACAAUCAUGCUAUUCUUUACACUUGCUGUUUUAUACUUCAAAUGGCCACAUAUUUUCAAGAUAUUUUUGUUAUGCUCAGGAAUCUCUUGUAUAUUUUACUAUUUAAAAAGUGUUAUUUUUAAAUAGUACAUGCCUGCAGUUUAUAUCAAGAAUAAGGAAAGUAAGUGGAGCAGCAGCUCAUUUUGAAACAAAUAGUGUUAUCCUUUUACAAUGAACUUUGCACACAAAUUUUAUAAACUUAUUCUACAUUGUAAAUAUUAUUUGGGUUUUUUAAUAAGUGCUGAACAAUAGCUAGCUUUUGUAGCAAUAGACUAAUACAUGCUAAAUGCAAAAAGGAAAAAAAAAACAGUCUGCUCUGGAUUUCCAUUGUAUUGAGGUUAUUAGAUGAUGAUUCACCCCCAGUUGGAAACACUUCUAAGAGUGAAAAUUAGAACAGUAAUAAUGGCUAGUGGAAACCAGUGUGUUCCCCUAUACUUUGUAAAGAAAGGCAAUGAGAAGAGUCUAGGCUUCUGACUUUGUCAUAUACUUAAUAUUUUUAAGAAAAUGUUAAACAUUUGGAGCGCUGUGGCUUCCAUCGUUCUGAAUGUCAAGUUUGGCCCCUCUUGACACAAAGCCCAUCAAGCUUGGUGAGACACAGACGACUCCCCGGGAAGUUGUUAAGAGUAGCCUUGCUUUUUGUCAACUGACAUGGCUUCAGCUGUCCAUUAGUCGUCAUCCAGACAUGUGUAAGCUCUCCUCAUCCCCUACACCACUAUCAGAAAGAAAGAAAGACUUCCUAGUGGGGGCUGGGAGAGCACCAGGUUUUGCAUCAGAACAGAGUCUUUUACUUGCUAGUGGGCACAGAGUGUGUCUGGACAGAGCUUGGUGUCUUGGGUUGUUGGCUGGGCCCUAUCCACAACUUUGGCUCCUGGCUCUGGGUAAGGAGCCCAUGGGCAGGAGGCUCUGCCUGGCUCCAGGAGGUCUGGCAGGUGUGUCUCACAUCUUGGUCAAGUCUGGGUUGCUUCACUGCUCACCUUUCAUUGAAGUUCUGCACAUGGUCAACAGCCAUUCUAAACAUUGGCAGCUUCUGCCCACAUAAAAUACUCAGGUGUUCAGUCUUGACUUCUUGUGCUUCCUCUUGUUCUUUCCUCCUCAUGUGGCUCAUAGUAACAUUGUUAUAAUGAACUAAGCCACACCCAGUUAUUCAAGUAGGGUAUAUUUACAUGCCUUUGAGCAGCAGGGAUCUUAAAUUGUUUCCUUCACCAAAGUCUGCCUGGCAGAGCUCUAGGCCAGGUGCCCAUAGCCAUACCCCCUUAUAGUGGCCAGACCCCGCUACCAGGGGCCCACCUGACCGCUGCUAUUCCCCUUCCCUCCCAUGGGUUCACUGAACCUUUCUUCCAACUCUUGCAACCAGUUGAAGACAAGCCUCAUCAAAAGUAAUUACGCAUUGACAGUCAAGUGCCUCUAUUCUUGUCAUUUUUAUCUUUUCUAGCUCCCCGUUUUUUCGGUAAUCUUCUAGUUAACAGAAAAGAAAAAGUGCAUGUUGCUUAAGCUCCAGCACAGCUUGCAUCAAACCUAGUAUGGGGAUUUGCUUUAUUGAUGAUAUGCCUUCCUUUAAUACACGGCAUUAAGAAUUAUCUUAAACAUGAGGAUAGUUCAUUGUCCCUGGCUUUUAUUCUAAAGUUGCCAUUGAAGAAGAGAUUAUAGUUUUAUCUUGUCAAGUAAUUAUCAUCGCCUUUACUGGCUUCGUCUAAGAAAGGCUUUCAGCCCCAUCAGAAUAUCGUCCAAACCUCUCUCCCAGAAAGCACUUCUCAGUGAUUUAUAAAGUAUGUAAAAGAGUGGAAAUGAUCGGUCGCUUCUCUAAAUGAAUGUAUUUGUUUUUCCUUCUUAGCUCUGACAGGGGAACCAAGGAAAGUUCCCCCAGUUCUUCCCCUUUGGUAAUGCGUAACUUAUGAGCCACCAGCUUCAGAACAACUCAAGGAAAGAAGGUCAUCUUAAAUUGCAGCCCUCAGCCCAGGGAGGGAAGCUGUUUGUGGACCGAUGGGGCUGUGCCUCCAGCUAGGGAAACCCCUAGGGAAUCUUCCACUCUGGCCAGUGGCUUUUCUCAGUCCAGAGAGAAAGUUCACACUCUUGAGCCUCUAAGAAGGGCCCUUAAACAAUUGUUAUGAAAAAUUGUUAUUGGUGCAUUCCAUUUUUCCACCGACUAUUUGAAGCCCCCUCACAUUUGGGAGUAGGGCAACAUGCUUCAGGAGUCCCCCCAAAGUGAAUGAGCCACACUCAAUUGAAGCCGCAGCACAUGACACUGAAGUAGUGGUAGUAUUAGCACUGCACAGUAGCUGGUUACAGCCCAGGCUUCCUGUGACUGGUUUACUAGAAAGUGCUCUUUAGAUUUAUUCCAAGGUAAAGGUUUUAGAAAUAAUUUGGUAAUAAAAAGAAAAGGAAAGUAGGUUGUGUUCUCGGCAAUCUGAUCUUAAAAAUACCUUCUGUCUGAUACUUUGUUAGGUGGUACAGUUUGUGUUCUCACAGAACUCUGCAACAACAACAAAAUGUUUUCUGGACCUUUAAAUGCUCUGCUGAUGUGGGAUCUUUUUUAUAUAUAUGACUGAAAAGAUUUUUUCCCCCAGAACUUGUUGAGGGUAACUUCCAAAACCAUUUUGGUCAUGAAAUUGGUGUUCGGCUAUUUGAUACACAUGUAGGCUGUUUUCUUAAAAAGUAGUUACUGAUGGGAUCGCACACCUCGGGGUGUGGGCACAGGACACAGGGCUCCCUGGAGGAGGUGCUGCCCCUGGGCUUUGGAAGAGCUAUGUGAAGAUCACAAAAUGGUUUGAGAGUUCAGUGACCAACGAAAAGAUGUCUUCUCUUUUUAGCCCAGAAAAGCCAGGUGCUUUGCUGAGUGCUUGUUGAAUUUUGUCCCCUGCCCCUAUAUAUGUCACUUUUCAUUUUAAGCUAUCUCAAAAGCAGUUUUCACAUGCCCCUGUGUGGCAAUCCUUUAAGAAGCUGUAGGAAAUAAAUGUACCCUGGAGCCCUUGAAUCAUCACAAAGGUCAAUCACAUUUAUGCUGUGUCGUGAGUGAGCGAGUGUCAUUAACAAGAUUUUUGGGUCUGAUUAAACUGAUGAUAUUGCACACAUUUUGCUAGAAAUAACUUCCUGCCCUGCUGCAGUUCUCUGUGGCAGUUUGAUAUUAAACUUUACCAGUAUUCGUAGGAUGCUGUUUCCCUUUUGUGUUUUUAUUUCAGUGGUCCCUCACAAUUACGAGGAUUCAAGCCAUGCUACAUUCGCUGAGCAUUCUGUACUAUGCCAUCACUAUAACUACAGCUCUUCAAAGACUGACCUUAUUCACAUUUUACACUGUUAUUGAAACUGACCAACAGUGUGAAACAUUUGCGUUAUAGAGUGCUGCUGAUGGAUAAGCAAAGGCAAAUGCUUGUUGGCGUUGUUUUUCAGUGGACUCAAACCUUGGAGUAAGAUAGUUGUAAGCUCCCUGAGAGCAGACCAUGUCUUUUUCAUUCUUGCACAUAGGCACUCAGUAAACCGGUGUGAACACAAA